UCUGUCUCGAUGCACAAAAGGUUACAUAACUUCACUAACUGUUGAGUAGCCACUCACUGGGUAAAUCGAAAGUUAGAGGAAACAGCAGGAAGGAGCCAUGGAGAUGCAGGACAUCUCCAAAGAAAAUGAGAGAAAUGGUGAAGAUGAGGGGGCAAGUGAACCGAAGCUGGAUGUCAAACCUCAAGAGGAAGCAGAAACCGAACAUUACGCUAAGCUGGAAAGUCCAUCUGAGGAUGUCUACGCUGAAACAUUUUAUAGCGAGGCUCCACUUAAACCAAGACGAGGAAAACAAGAUGAAGGAAACACUCGUCUGUACCGAGCUGCGUGUUUAUUCCUCUCAAUAGUCUGCCUGGUGCUUCUGCUGGUGAUCAUUGUCCUCGGGGUGAAACUCCAAACUGGAUCCUCGCUCUGUUCAGAGGGAAAAGAAACUCCAGCAGUUGACAGGAAUAAUCUCCCUCCGACAUGCAGCUUGGAGGAGUGCCAGCAUCAGUUUCCUAACAUCCAAUACAAAAGCAAAGGAUGCCAGCAGUGUGCUCCUGGGUGGGUGCCUUACGGCCGAUCCUGUUAUUUUCUCUCCACAUUCCGGCUGUCGUGGGCUGACAGUCAGCGAAACUGCUCCUCCAGUGGUGGAUCCCUGGCUGUCAUCACCAGCCAGGACGUUCAGGAUUUCCUGACGACGAAAGGGAACUUGAUGUACUGGAUUGGACUGAAACACACGGACUCCAACUGGAACUGGGUCGACAAGAGCCCGCUGCAGAAGAGUUACUGGACAGACGCUAGCGCAGGCGGGGACUGCGCUCUCCUCAACACUGAGAGUCGUUCUAAGAAGAACUGGAUCAGAGCUAACUGUCAAUCCUCCACCUACUUCAUCUGCCAUCUGCAGAUGUGAUGGCAUCUGCGGCUUCAAACAGAAAAAUAAUCACUUCCUCCGUAACAAAGAAAAUGAUUUGAGUUUCCAUGUCAUAUCCAAUCAGCAGUGUCCAGCAAAGAGAGAUAAUGAAGCUUCUUAACUAAUAGUUUUAUAUUUAACUUUUGAUAAGCUGUGUUGCUCAAUUUUCAAAGCUGUAUUUUCUUAUAAACUUGUGCAUAUUUUGCACCAAAUUUUUUCAUUCUUGUGCUCUAAUCGCAUGAACAUUACUGGUUUAUACUGUAUGAUACAAUUUCCGGCUGAAUAUGAAUGAAGCCCAGUAAGUUUGUCUUAAAAAUGUUUUUAUUAUCAUAUUAAAGAAGUCAUCCAACUACAAUAUGAGUAGAAUCUGUCACUUUAUUCUAGUUGAGCAUAUAUUACUGUUUCCCCUACUUUAUAUAUCACUAUAAAAAUAA